UUUAUAGCAGCAGUUCAACUUAUUUAAUCCUGCUGUGAUUAGCUCUAUUUGAGUAUAUUGUAUUAUUUUCGCGCCGCCAGCUGAGGAGAGAGUGCACGCUCCGAUCACGCGAGUAAUGCCAUCUACGAUGGAGGGCUCGUCGGGGGAAGUUGACCUGUUUACCGUGAAACACGAGCUCAGAAACGCCAAUCUGACAGGUCACGUUGAGCGUGUGGGCAUCGAGAACUUUGAGCUGUUGAAAGUGCUGGGAACAGGAGCCUACGGCAAGGUGUUUUUGGUGCGCAAGGUGAGCGGCCAUGAUUCUGGCAAACUGUACGCCAUGAAGGUGCUGAAAAAGGCCACCAUUGUGCAGAAGGCAAAGACUGCAGAGCACACACGUACAGAGAGACAGGUCCUUGAGCAUAUCAGGGAGUCCCCUUUCCUUGUUACACUCCACUAUGCUUUCCAGACAGACACCAAACUGCAUCUCAUUCUAGACUAUGUGAAUGGAGGUGAGCUCUUCACGCACUUGGUCCAAAGGGUUCGCUUUAAAGAGCAAGAGGUUACCUUGUACUGUGGGGAGAUUGUACUUGCACUGGAGCACUUGCAUAAGCUGGGAAUCGUCUACAGAGACCUGAAACUCGAGAACAUACUUCUUGAUUCAAACGGUCACAUCGUGCUGACGGAUUUUGGCCUUAGCAAGGAAUUUCAUGAGGUAGAGAGGGCUUAUUCUAUCUGUGGCACUAUUGAGUAUAUGGCACCUGAGAUCGUAGCAGGAGGAGAGUCAGGACAUGACAAGGCGGUGGACUGGUGGAGUAUGGGAGUUCUGAUGUAUGAGCUGUUGACCGGAGGCUCUCCUUUCACUGUUGACGGCAAUGAGAACUCUCAUUCUGACAUUGCCGAGAGAAUUAAGAAGAAGGAUCCCCCAUUCUCCAAGGACAUGGGGCCCCUGGCCAAAGACAUUAUACAGCAACUGCUAAUUAAAGACCCAAAGAAGAGGCUGGGCUCUGGGCCAUCAGGGGCGCAGAAUGUGAAAAGUCAUCCAUUUUACCAGAAAAUGAACUGGGAGGAUCUAGCUGCUAAGAAGGUUCCAGCACCUUUUAAGCCUGUAAUUCGUGAUGAGCUGGAUGUGAGCAACUUUGCAGAGGAGUUUACAGAGAUGGAUCCAACAUACUCCCCAGCUGCACUCCCCAACAACUGUGACCGCAUCUUUCAGGGCUAUUCCUUUAUGGCUCCCUCCAUCCUGUUUAAGAGGAAUGCAGUGAUGGACGAUCCAGGUCAGCUGUGCAGCGGGUCAGAAAGGCCAGGUUCUGCUGCUGUUGCCCGUAGCGCUAUGAUGAAGGACUCUCCAUUCUACAUGAACUAUGAAAUGGAUCUGAAGGAGAGCGCUCUGGGUGAGGGAAGCUUCUCAAUCUGCAGACAGUGUACUCACAAGAAGAGCGGACAGAAAUACGCUGUGAAGAUCGUCAGUAAAAGAAUGGAGGCACAAACCCAGAAAGAGAUUGCUGCUCUCAAACUGUGUGAUGGACACCCCAACAUAGUCAAGCUACAUGAGCUCUACCAUGACCAGCUGCACACAUAUCUAGUUCUGGAACUCCUGCGAGGUGGAGAGCUGCUGGAGAGGAUCAGGAGGAAGCAGCACUUCAGUGAGACAGAGGCCAGCCGCAUCAUGCGCAGACUGGUGUCCGCAGUCAGCCACAUGCAUGAUGUGGGUGUGGUGCACAGGGACCUCAAACCAGAGAAUUUGCUCUUCACUGAUGACACUGAGAAUUCAGAGAUAAAAGUCAUUGAUUUUGGCUUUGCAAGGCUCAAACCUCCCGACAAUCAACUCCUAAAGACCCCCUGCUUCACUCUUCAGUACGCCGCCCCUGAGAUCCUCAAGUACGAUGGUUAUGAUGAGUCCUGUGACCUUUGGAGUUUAGGGGUCAUAUUGUACACCAUGCUGUCUGGCCAGGUCCCAUUUCAAUGUCAGGAGAAGAGUCUAACACACACCAGUGCAGAGGAGAUCAUGAGGAAGAUCAAAAAGGGGGACUUUUCUUUCGAAGGUGAAGCUUGGAAGAAUGUAUCUAGUCAGGCCAAGGAUCUGAUACAAGAGCUGUUGACGGUGGACCCUGUCAAGCGGAUAAAGAUGUGUGGUCUGCGUUAUAAUGCCUGGCUGCAGGAUGACAGUCAGCUUUCCUCCAACCCUCUUAUGACCCCUGACAUCUUGGGCUCUUCCACGGCCUCAGUGCACACCUGUGUCAAAGCCACCUUCAAUGCUUUUAAUAAGUGUAAGCGGGAGGGCUUCCGACUCCAGACAGUGGACAAGGCACCUCUGGCCAAACGCAGGAAGAUGAAGAAGACCAGCACCAGCACAGAGACCCGCAGCAGCUCCAGCGAGAGCACACACUCCUCCUCCUCUUCCUCACAGUCUCAGGAUAAGACUCCACCAAGCGGAGAGACGGCUAUCAUACCCCAGGUCUCUGUGAGCACACCUUUCACUGUGGGCCCAGACGAUAAGCCUUGUCAGAGCCAACCACAACCUGCCUUCACUUUCACAGAGUGAACCUUUUUGAGAAACAGACAGCAGGGUGGGACAAACCUCUCCCAUCGUACCUUUCUUUCUCCUUCAUGCUCACACAUGGAGUAUAGUUUGCUUGUGGGGAAAGUUGCGCCAACCCAAAUUCAUUGCUAGCAAUAGAUACACAUGGUGAGUGCUGAAGACCAGGCUAGUGAGCUUUUUCAACAGGCUCAAGUCCUGUGUCUCAAACAGGAGAAAGACCUUUGUGGGGCAUCAAAACCUUCCACUGACUAGGAGAAAAGUCAGCUUCUGCAAUGUCCUGUCAAACCAGGCACUUUGCUCCAUGCAAACAAUAUCAAAGAAAGGAAUAUGUAUUCUAAAAGAGUAUUUAUAAGUGGAGAUUUAA